AUGGAGUCCCGAGAAAACCCUACUGACUUAGGGUCACUUGAACCAACAGUUCCCUGUGACCAACUCUUGCCUGCCCUCACUGAUGGCAUCCCCGAAAUGCAGUCCCCACCAUUGGGGUCACUGACAGAGCCUCAAGAGCCAAACUUAACUAUGGCUAUGAAAAUUAGUGAAGAAGCCGAGGUUCAUACUGAGGUGGUCAGGAAAGACUCAAACUUUGUGACUGUCUAUUUCAUAAAUGAUGACCAAGAAUGGGCCAAAGUGGGCACUGGUUAUGUAAUUUAUUCAUAUGUGGAAUACCACCAGAGCACGGUGCUGCUAGUUCAGUCAGACAUUGAUAACUCUGUCCUUUUGGAGUCGAAGGUGUGCCCAACUUUCCAGUGUCAGAAAUUACAAGCCGUUCUGAUAAUUUGGUGUGAACCAGUCAGCUAUGGCAUAGCAUUGAGUUUCCAGUACCAACCGAGGUGCCAAGAAAUCUGGGAAGACAUUUGUAGAAUUCAGGGUAAAGACCCACGUAUAGAAAAUACUCAUGGUCUCUUAAUUGAGUCUGAAGAACAGUUUAAUAAGAUGAUACAAACCAGAAAUUUGGUUACCUGUGAUGUUAACAAGCUUAAACAAAUUGCUUUGUUGUUUAAAUUAGUUCUCAAAUGGCCAAUCUGUAAAGAGAGGCUGGCUCUCUUCUUAGAAGACGAAGAAUAUAUUAAAAAACUCCUGCAUCUAUUCCAUAUUUGUGAGGAUAGGAAAGUUAUUGAAGCCAUAUACUAUUUGCAUGAAAUUAUUAAAGGAAUCUUACUUAUCAAUAAAACAUCUGUAUUCAUUGUAAUGUUUUCUGAUGAGUGUAUCAUGGAUGUGGUGGGAUGCCUUGAAUAUGACCCUGCUUUGAAGCAGCAAAAUAAACACAGAGAAUUCUUGACCCAAAACAUAAAAUUCAAAGAAGUUGUGCCAAUGACAAACAAUGAACUUAGACGAAAAUUAGAUCAGACAUAUAGAAUGCAGUAUAUUUUGGAUGUCCUCUUGCCUGCAGUAUCCAUGUUUGAAGAAAAACUUUCCAAUCUUUCAGCUCUUAUUUUCAUUAACAAAUAUGACAUAAUUACCAUGCUGCAGGAAGAUAAGGAAUUUUUGUCUCAAGUUCUUACAGAGUUAAAGGAGACUGCAAAUAGUGCUAAACAGUUUGAAUCUAUUUUAUUCUGCAAGGAAUUAUGCUCAUUUUCUCAGAAAUUGCAGCUACCUAUCAGGGAAGCACUAUUAAAUACCUUGAUAGACUCAGGUAUUCUUUCGGCUCUUAAAGUUGUAAUGCGUGCAAAGGAUUUGCAAACUAAGUCAGCUGCUAUUGAUAUACUUUCUUAUGUAGUUAAACGCAGAUCGUCUUCGGUUCUAUGUUUUGUGAUGAAAGAAGCUGAAAAGAGUGAAGAUGGUGACUUUUUCAUCAAUGUAGUAAUUGAGCAGAUUAACUGUGAUAGUGACCCUGAAAGAGGACGAGCUUUUCAGUUAGUAGAGCUCCUUCGUUAUUUACUUGACCCAAGCAACAUGCUGGCAUCAUAUAAUGCCUAUGAAAGAAAUUACUUUUUGGAAUUUUUCUAUAAACAUUGUAUGCAUAACCUCACGGCACUGAUUUUGUCUAUCACUUCAGAAGAUAUAUAUCAGAAAGAUAGUACACUUGCAGCUGAGCACAUCAAGAACUGUCUUGAUUAUCAUACAGCACAGCUGCUUGGAAUAAUUUUAGAGCUACUCACAUUUUGUGUAGAACACCACACAUAUUAUAUCAAGAUCUAUAUUCUGAGUAAUGAUCUGCUAAGAAGAAUAUUGAUGUUGUUGAACUCAAAGCAUAAGUUUCUGGUCUUAGGUGCACUGCGCUUUAUGAGGAAGAUUGUGGGCCUUAAAGAUGAAAUUUAUAAUUGUUACAUCAUCACAGGUAAUCUGUUUAAGUUCGUUGUAAAUGCUUUUCUGCACAACGGAUCCCGGUACAAUCUGCUGAAUUCAGCUAUUAUUGAGCUAUUUGAAUACAUAAGAGUGGAGAAUAUCACAUGUCUCAUUAUGUACAUAAUGGAAAAUUUUUUUGAAGCAUUUGAAUUCAUAGACUAUGUUCAGACAUUCAAAGGAUUGAAGAUAAUUUAUGAUCGGGAGAAAGACCAUUAG